AUGGAGAUCUCACUAAGGAAGUUUAUAUGCAACCUCCUCCUGGUUCCUCUAUUCUGCCCUCCAAAGUCUGCAAACUUUACCGUGCUUUGUAUGACAGAGCGUUGUACUAUUCUUCUUCUUCUCUAUGUGGAUGAUUUGAAUAUCACUAGGAAUGACACAGUAGAUAUCUCUAGUCUCAAACAGUUUCUUAGUCGCCAGUUUGAGAUGAAGGAUUUGAGUCUUCUCAACUGUUUUCUCAGUUGGGAAAUCUCUCAUGAUCCGUCUGGUUACUUUCUUUUCCAGGCCAAGUAUACUUCUGAUCUCUUGGCUCAUGCUAGUCUUACCGAUUACAAGACUGCUUCUACUCCUAUUAAUCCUCAGACUCGUUUUAUAUCUCUUAACAAUCACCUGUCGCCUGAUGCUACUUUAUAUCGUCAGCUAGUUGGCAGUCUUGUCCAUCUCACUAUUACUCAUCCAGACAUUGCUUAUGUUGUUCACAUUGUCAGUCAGUUCAUGGUUUCUUCUCGCUCUCCAUACUAUGAUGAUGUCGUUCGCAUUUUACGCUAUCUCAAAGGCACUAUGUUUCAUGGUCUUCGCUACUCCACUCACUCUUCCUUAUAG